CUGGUGUGUGUUCUCUCUCCAGCCAACCCCGGUUAUCCUGCUGAAGGAGGGCACAGAUACCUCACAGGGGAUCCCGCAGCUCGUCAGUAACAUCAAUGCCUGCCAGGUUAUCGCCGAGGCCGUGCGCACCACGCUGGGACCUCGUGGCAUGGACAAGCUCAUCGUGGAUGACCGGGGCAAAGCCACCAUCUCAAACGAUGGGGCCACCAUCCUGAAGCUCCUUGAUGUUGUCCAUCCGGCUGCGAAGACCUUGGUGGACAUUGCUAAAUCUCAGGAUGCUGAGGUUGGUGAUGGGACCACAUCUGUGACUCUGCUGGCUGCUGAGUUCCUCAAGCAAGUGAAGCCUUAUGCGGAGGAAGGUCUCCAUCCUCAGAUCAUCAUCCGUGCCUUCCGCACAGCCACGCAGCUGGCUGUAAACAAGAUCAAAGACAUUGCGGUUUCAGUGAAGAAGGAAGAUAAAGAUGAGCAGAGAAGCCUUCUGGAGAAGUGUGCAGCCACAGCUCUGAGCUCUAAACUCAUCUCCCAAAGCAAGGAGAUCUUCUCCAGGAUGGUUGUAGAUGCUGUCAUGAUGUUGGAUGACUUGUUACAACUCAAAAUGAUUGGAAUAAAGAAGGUGCAAGGAGGUGCUUUGGAAGACUCUCAGCUGGUGGCUGGAGUGGCCUUUAAGAAGACCUUCUGCUAUGCUGGCUUUGAAAUGCAGCCCAAGAAGUAUCAGUGUCCCAAAAUCGCCUUGUUGAACGUGGAGCUGGAGCUCAAAGCUGAGAAGGACAAUGCUGAAAUCAGAGUGAACACUGUGGAGGAUUACCAGGCCAUUGUGGAUGCUGAGUGGAACAUCUUGUAUGACAAACUAGACAAAAUCCACAAGUCAGGAGCCAAAGUUGUCCUGUCCAAGCUUCCUAUUGGAGAUGUGGCCACUCAGUACUUUGCAGACAGAGACAUGUUCUGUGCUGGCCGUGUCCCAGAAGAAGACCUCAAGCGAACAAUGAUGGCCUGUGGUGGUUCCAUUCAGACAAGUGUCAAUGCGCUGUCAGAUGAUGUCCUGGGUCGAUGUGAUCUUUUUGAGGAGACUCAGAUUGGAGGAGAGAGGUACAACAUCUUCACAGGCUGCCCCAAGGCAAAGACCUGCACAAUAAUCCUGCGGGGGGGCGCAGAGCAGUUCAUGGAGGAGACGGAACGGUCCCUGCACGAUGCCAUCAUGAUAGUCAGGAGAGCCAUCAAGAAUGACUCAGUUGUUGCCGGUGGCGGUGCCAUAGAGAUGGAGCUUUCCAAAUACCUCCGGGACUAUUCCAGGACCAUUCCAGGCAAGCAGCAGCUGCUCAUAGGUGCUUAUGCUAAAGCCCUGGAGAUCAUUCCCCGCCAGCUCUGUGACAAUGCUGGCUUUGAUGCCACCAACAUCCUCAACAAGCUCCGAGCCAAACAUGCACAGGGGGGCACGUGGUACGGUGUGGACGUGAACAACGAGGACAUUGCUGACAACUUCGAGGCCUGCGUGUGGGAACCGGCCAUCGUGCGCAUCAACGCGCUGACGGCCGCCUCCGAGGCCGCCUGUCUCAUCAUCUCCGUGGAUGAAACCAUCAAGAACCCUCGUUCCACUGUGGAUGCUGCGCCCAGUGCCCGGGGCAGGGGUCGAGGUAAAGCCCACAACCACUGAGACCUGCUCCCCAUGGGGCUGGAGCUCUCCUCCAACGUGCAAAGUGAGAAGGAAUUAGGAUUUCGAGGUGAAUUAAGAGGCCCUGCACCAUGUGGUCACAGGCAACCGCUGCCCGUGUUGAAUUAGAGCCAGAUCUUGGCCUGGGCACCACAGCCCCCCUGGGAGAAGCUCAGCCCCAGCAUACCCUGCACAGCACUGAUCUCCUUAGGCUUUGCCUCGCCAUUCCACAUGGAAGCCAUGCUGAGUGGAGCCCUUUGGGCCCGGGCAGGUUGUGCAGCCGCUGUGGGGUGGUUUGUAUUUAUACUCCUUUUAUUUCCUUUCUGUUUUCCUGCUGGAGGGUUGGAAUCCAGGCUCAGAAUAAAGAGGUGACUUUGUUUCA